AAUGCAAAGGUUAGUUGUUUUUUUUUCUCCUCCUGCUCAAGGCCAACUUCAUCAAAUAAAUGACGCGAUUACCGUCUAUCUGGGAAAGCGGGAUUUCAUCGACUACCUUGAUCAUAUCGAUCCUAUAGAUGGCGUCGUUUUGGUUGAUCCGGAUUAUUUGAAGGAAAGAAAAGUUUUCGCCCAUGUUCUUGCAGCUUUUCGAUACGGACGUGAAGAUCUCGACGUACUGGGUCUGACAUUCCGUAAAGAUUUAUUCCUCGCCUCGACUCAAGUUUAUCCGCCUUUGAAGGAGAAUGAAAAGCCCCUUACGCGACUCCAAGAAAGGCUUAUUAAGAAAUUGGGCACGAACGCUUACCCCUUCUACUUUGAAUUACCGAAGGUGUGCCCGGCAAGCGUUACUCUUCAGCCAGCACCUGGCGACACUGGUAAACCCUGCGGCGUUGACUACGAAUUGAAGACGUAUGUCGCCGAUAGUAUUGACGAGAAGCCCCAUAAGCGAAACUCGGUGAGGUUAGCCAUCCGAAAAUUGACAUAUGCUCCCGAGGAGCCUGCACCUCAGCCGAGUGCCGAAGCUACAAAGGAUUUCAUGAUGAGUCCAGGACACUUAAGACUUGAAGCGUCUUUGGAUAAAGAGAAAUAUUAUCACGGUGAAUCAAUAUCAGUGAAUGUUUUGGUGGAUAACAACACUAGCAAGACAGUAAAGAAGAUUAAAAUUUCCGUCACACAAAGAGCUUUCAUAAUGAUGUUUGCCGAAACCGUGUACAACACGGUUGUGUACGACUGUACAACCACGGACGGAUUUCCGAUUCACCCCAGUCAGACGGGCUUCUGUAAAGUCUAUUCUCUGACGCCGUUACUUAGCAACAAUCGCGACAAACGAGGCUUAGCGCUCGACGGCAAACUCAAACACGAAGAUACUAAUUUGGCGUCUAGUACGAUCGUACUGGAUCCAAGUUCCAAAGAGAACCUCGGUAUUGUUGUGCAAUAUAAAGUAAAAGUUCGGCUAAUACUCGGAUUUGCUUCUGGUGAUUUGUCGGUCGAGUUACCAUUUACGCUGACACACCCGAAACCUGUUGAAUCGCCUCCUCCAAGCAGGCCUGAAAGUGAAGUUCCACCAGUUCAGCAGCAACAGAAUAAGCAACCAGCGGAGGCUGCAGUCGAUACAAAUUUGAUUCAACUCGAUACCAAUGGCGGCGAAGGAUACUACGCGAAUCAGGAUGAUGAUUUCAUAUUCGAAGAUUUCGCUAGACUUCGACUCAAAGGACACGAUGGAGACGAGGCUGAAGCCUAA